AUGGACGACUUCGGCUACACUCCCAAAAAUUCCAGUUUAAACAUUACACUGUAUACCUCUAUUGCUCCUCACACCAAGGACUACUUUGUCAGUGCGGAGAGUUAUCAGAGAGCAUUGGGGAAUGAGCCUAGAAUAUUACACAGUCUGGUUUCCUCUAAAGAUAAAACAGAACUAGUUUCAGACUUUGAAGAAAAAUGUGAAAGGUUUACUGAUGUAGAAUUACAAGACUUAAUCCAAAGAACUCGCACUCAUAUCGUUCCGCGUUUGACAAAGCCCAAAAAAAUUGCAGAACUCUCAAAACUAUUAGUAUGUAAAGACAGGCAAUUUCAGAAAUUCAUACUUGGAAAACUGAAAUGUAUUAUCUGCAGGUUAGAUAUUUCGGCCCUGCCCUUUGUGGACAUAAAAAGCUGUCUGAUAAAUUUGAUGAAAAGAUUCCAAAGGGACACAGUUGAAGAGGAUUUAGAAAUGUGGUACGAAUCAUGUUUACCAAUUAUGGAUAUCAUGGCAAUUUCCAUGCUACAGUAUUGUUUCCGAAACAAUGAAAAGAAAGAGAUUGAAAGCAAAAUUUGUGACAUAUGCAAGAAUAUUGAUGAUGUGUAUACAAAACUGAGUUCAAAGAGGAAAUUAAAGAAGACUCAACCGCGUAAUUUUGCUGCAUUGAAAUGUAUGGCCUUAUUUGCCAGGUCACUUUCAUCUGGCUUUCAGUUAAGUAGACAUUCUCGUGUCAUUUUUGAAAGAUGGGAAGAUGCCUUUUACUCAAAAGAACAUGCUGAACACCUAGUCAGCAUAGAAAAUCAGUCUUUCAAUGAACAAUUCAUGGCCCUGUUUGCAUUUCUACUAAAGCUGAAGAGCAAUGCGUCGGUGCAUGAUCAGUUCUUAAGGUUUGUAGGAUUAUUAUUUCUCCAGAAGAAAACCGAUAAAAAGUGGUCAGAAGUACAGCACCAUGCCUUGGCCGAGAUUACCUUACGUGGAAUUGGAGCUUGUCUUUGUCAUCCUAAGGGAGAGAAGGGUGACCUUCUGAAGGUCGUCGAGAUCUGCUGGAGCAGGAUGUCAGGACACAAGAGUUUUCUACCUCUCCCAGAGGAACUCUCCAAUCAUCUCUUUACAGGUGACAAACAACUUGUAAAUACCAUCAUCCAAUGUCUGAACAUCUCUGAAAGAUCUUUGUUGGAAUUUACAGAAACGUACGUUCAAAGACACGUCACUGAUGUAGUCUUCCAUCACACGAAAAGAAAAACUCUGCCAAAAAAGACUGAUCAUUCAUAUUGGUCUUUUUGUCAAGGGCGCAUCAACAAGUGCGAGGCAAGCAUUGCCAUUUGUGUUCCAGGCAUAUCAAUGAGUUCUCUUCAGGGAAUAAAAGAAAAAUGUAAGAUAAAGAACAGCAUGCUGGAAAAUGACUUCAAAAUUCUUUUAGGACUACAAAAGGAUGAAACUCACAUCAAUGUUGUUAGAUUACUGGCUUAUAGUGACUUAAAAAACUCCCUUCCUUUCUAUGUAAAAGAAAACCACAGGAUAGAAAUAUUGGAAAAACUUCUAGAAAUACGAGGACAAAAAACAAGAUUUUCUGUGCUUUGGUUAAAUAAUCGUUUGAUUGAAAUGAUAAGCGCUCUCAAUUACUUACAUGGCAAAAAGAUCAUUCAUCGUGACGUCACACUUCGGUGCUUUCACCUUGCACAAUUCCCAGAGACGGAAGAGGAUGCAGCCGUUUUGUAUGAUUUGAAUCUUGCAUGUCAAACAGAUUUUAGUAUGACAGCAAGUUGUCAGGUAGCAGACAUGCAGGGAGAUGGCUUUCCUAUUCGUUGGUCGGCUGUUGAGUCAAUCCUUUUAAAUUGCUACGACGCCAGAUCCGAUAUCUGGAUGUUUGGUCACGUGAUCCAUGAGCUAUUUACUUACGGAUGUGAACCAUUUACUGAUCAGUACAGCUCAACCACAGAUGAUAUUAUAUCAGGGGUAUUAUCAGGAGACAUAUCCCCUUACCGGUGGCCCUGUAUUCCUUAUGACUACCACAAGUUAGCACUAUCAUGCUGGAAGACAGACCCAAAAGACAGACCAUCUGCUGAAGAAAUCCUGAAACAGCUCAGAAGGCUAAGGGAUAAGCGAGUAGUAGGAGAAACCCCCGAUCUUCCACGACUCAGUGAGAGUCAACAGGAACGAGGCCAUGAACCAGAAAGGGGCAUUUCUCCGUUCAUAAGAAAGCUUAAAGAGAAAAGCCUAGAGAAAAAAGAAAAUAUUAGGAAAACCGUUAUCGAGAUGAGACGCCAAAGUAUGCCGAAUCCUCGAAGUCCUUUAAAAGAACCUGUAUUGGACCUUGAUGACAUCAAACCAUUGCAUGACCCUGUCGUCGAGGAAACAGUAAAUAUCGUUUAUUUUGAGCAAGUCUCUGUGCAAUUUUGCGAGAAAAUUCUACCCACCAUGAGCCCUGACUUCUGUGAGAAAAUGGGAAUCAUCGCUGAUACACUCUCUCGUGAAAAGGGCAGUAUCUCUGGAAAGGGAAUAGAUAAUGUUUUAAAAUACAUGUAUCCCAAAGCUGUUAAUAUUCUGAAACUACUGAAAGGCAAUGUGUCCCACCAUUCUUGUGCUAUGAUGCUUUUAGCUGUGGCACAGCUUGUUCAGAAAAUGCAUGCAAAAAGAUGGCUGAUAGUUGCGCUGAGAGCAAAGAACAUCUAUAUUCAACAUCAGGAAAACCAAUACAGGGCGUUUCUUGUAAAAUUAGGGACAAUGGUACGCUUACCGGAAACACCCGAUAUAAAUCAAGGAAGUAUUCGUGUCUCAGACAGAUUUGAGGACAUGAUAUUUUGGAUCCCUAGGGAGGUGAUAUCUUUUGGAGAAUUAUCUACAGGAAGUGACGUUUACACAAUGGCGAUGUUGUUUUACCAAGUUUAUAUGGCAUUCUCAGGGCAUGACGAACUUCAAACUGUACCUUUUGCCAGAAAUUAUAAAUCUCAGAUACUUGGUGUACUUAAUGAGGGGCAGAAACCAGAAAAACCAGAGAAGUGUCCCGACUGGCUGUAUGAUGACGUCAUGAUCCCUUGUUGGCAUAGUGAUAGAUCUUGCAGACCAUCGGCUUGUGACAUUGUGGAAAUCAUGACGAAGAGGAUAAGUGAGAACCAAGACAUCACGUCGUCAAGUUUAAAAACAGACAAAAGAUCAUUUAAUAAUCGAGAUGAUACAUCCCCAGAAAGAAUUGCCGAGGAACAGAAUCUUAAUGGUGGAUAUUUGGAUGCCACAGACACUAAAAAACAACAGUGCUGUGAAUAUGACAUGUUAGGUCAGACUGUGGAAGACCAGUAUGAUGAUAUCGCGAAUACUAAUUCCACAAAAGAAAACAGUUUUUCUAGCAGAAUGGUUGAAAGUUCUAGUCGAUCAUUUACUCUUAACGAGAAAGAAAUGGCACAAUUUGAAAUGGACUGCCAACCAUCAGUGCCUUCUACGUCAACAUCAUCAUUUAUUUCACCCAAUACAAAUGAUACGAACUUAGAAUUUCCUAUAUUUCGACCUACUGAACCCCAACCCUUCCGUGAUAAGUCUCAGGCAUUUGGAGAUAAGAACCCUGAAUCUCAUAAUUUAAAGAGCAAUCCACUUUUUCAGAGUUUUCAAAGUAGUGUCGGAUACUCAGCAAGCACAUCCACAGACGGUAUCAGAAAAGAAGAACCCAAAAACAAAGUUCCAUUUAAUAAUGUGCUGACAAAUCCUAAUUCUGAAUCGGUGAAUAAAUCAUCGGAUUUUGCGAGCUCAGAAAGUUAA